ACUCAGGACUGACUGUGGCUGUGAGAGUUUUAUCUGAGGCGGACUCUUGUAGAACGUGGACUUUAAAGAUCAUACAGUCAGCUGCUGGUUUCUGUUGUGGUUUUACUGGUUCCAGUUUGUCCGCUCGGCCUCAUUAACUCACCCGCUGCUGCUGACACAACUGACAUUUGUCUGGAGACCCCUCAAGCUCCUCCCACUCCUCUGACAUCAUAGUGUGGGACUCGACCCGGUGUCACUGUGGAGACGACACGUGACCUGCCCUCACAACCUGGUGAGGAAGAGAAGGAGGAGGAGAGUCUGAGCAGGAUGCUGACCCAAAGCAAGAGAAGACCUGAAGAAGAGGAGGAGGAUGAGAAGGAGUCCAUCCUUCCUCCUCCUCUUCCUCUCAUUACCAUGACGACCUCAAAGGACAGCCAAUCAGAGCCUGCGGUGAGCCCUCUGGCCAAUCAGCAGGUCAGCUCAGACUCGGGUGAGGAUACGGGGGUGACACUGUCAGACUCCAACAGGGAGGUGUUACCGUGGCAACAGAAGGACGAGGAGGAGGAGCAUGACGAAGAGGAGACGCAGGCGGUGGCCUCGUCUCCUGAUGGACGAUUCCUCAAGUUCAACAUCGAGAUCGGACGAGGAUCUUUCAAGACGGUUUACAGAGGUCUGGACACGGAGACCACGGUGGAGGUGGCCUGGUGUGAGCUGCAGACCCAUCGUCUGAACAAGGUGGAGCGUCAGCGGUUCUGUGAGGAGGUGGAGAUGCUGAAAGCUCUGCAGCAUCCCAACAUCGUCCGAUUCUUCGACUCCUGGAAGUCGGUGCAGAAGGGCCGCAAGUGCACCAUCCUGGUGACGGAGCUGAUGACGUCCGGGACCCUCAAAACGUACCUGCGCAGGUUCCGUCAGAUGAAGCUGAAGCUGCUGCAGCGUUGGAGUUUCCAGAUCUUGAAGGGGCUUCAUUUCAUGCACUCGCGCUCCCCUCCCAUCCUGCACCGGGACCUCAAGUGCGACAACAUCUUCAUCACCGGGCCCACUGCCUCCGUCAAGAUCGGCGACCUGGGCCUCGCCACGCUCAAGAAGGCCUCGUUCGCCAAGAGCGUCAUCGGGACCCCGGAGUUUAUGGCUCCAGAGAUGUACGAGGAGAAGUACGAUGAGGCUGUGGACAUUUACGCCUUCGGAAUGUGCAUCCUGGAGAUGGCGACCUCCGAGUAUCCAUACUCUGAGUGUCAGAACGCCGCCCAGAUCUACCGCAAAGUCACCAAUGGAAUCAAACCAGACAGUUUCCUCAAAGUCAAAGUCCCAGAGCUGAAGGAGAUAAUCGACGGCUGUAUCCGAACCAACAGCAGCGAGAGGUUCACGGUUCAGGACCUGCUGGACCAUCGGUUCUUCCAAGAGGAGCUGGGCGUUCAUGUGGAGCUCGCCGAGGACGACGACGGCUCGAGGGCGGCGCUGAAGCUCUGGCUUCGGAUGGAUGACAACAAGAAGCUUCACGGAAAAUACAAAGACAACAACGCCAUCGAGUUCCUGUUCGAGCUGUACAAAGACGUCCCCGAGGAGGUGGCCCAGGAGAUGGUGGUGUUGGGUUUUGUGUGCGAGGCGGACUAUAAGCUGGUUGCCAAGGCGAUCAGACACAGAGUGACUGCCAUAAAACGUCAGCGGGAGAAACAGCGGCGCCUGCAUGAGGGAGCUCUGAACCGCCAAACGGACGCUGUCAUCGACGAGGAGCCGGACCCCACCCCCCAACCACCUGAACCAUCCAAUCAGAGACCUGCACCUGCUGCAAGCGCAUCGGCUGAGGGGAAGGUAGCCAGCCAGCAGGACGCAGCAGUUGUUCCAGCACCGCCCCCCCCUUGGAUAGAAGCCCCAUCCAUGGUAACCAUGACAUCAUCAAUGCUGUCAUCAAGCAGCAGCCCGGUGGAUUCUGGGAUCAGCAGCUUGUUCAGUAGGACGGAGGAAGACGGAGACGAGGAUGACAAGGCGGCCAAACACACGUCGUAUUCCUCUGCCACAUCGGACUAUGAGAUAGACAACUCCUCAGGUGUCACAGAGAAGGUCGAAGCCACGCCCUCUCCUGUCACAAACCCCACCCCCGCCCCGUCCUUCUCUGCUCCUACUCCAGUGGCUCAUGAAACCCCUCGCCUUGAGGCUUCUCCCUCUUUGACCCGGGCUCCAUCUAAGGCUCCACCCCUUCCUGUGCUGCGUUUCCCCAAGAGCAUUGCUGUGUCCCAUAAUGCAGAGCGGCCAUCGUCUGAAUCAGUCUGCGGCUUCUCUUCACCUGUUGAUAGCUGCACCUCUGAUGUGACCUCAGGUUUGAGUGACUGCAAUGACGGCCAAUCAGAUAAGGGCAACCAGGAAGUAAAGAAAAGGGCGGCGAUGAAGCAGUUCAGGAGGAGAGCGAGGGCUCGUCUGAAAAUCACCAGGGUGUCAGACAUGGUGGACCGGGUGGUGGAGUGUCAGCUGCAGACUCACAACAGUAAGAUGGUGACCUUUAAAUUCGACCUGGACGGAGACAAUCCAGAGGACAUCGCCUCUGUGAUGCUCCACAGAGACUUCAUCCUCCCGUCAGAGCGGGAAGGAUUCAUUCUCCGCAUGUAUGACAUCAUCACGAGGGUGGAGUCAAUGACGCAUCAGCAGCCAGCAGACACGGACAGGGUCUCUCACCUACCCCCCCCCUCACUGCCUGAGUCCACGCCUCACCUGUCGACCCCGGGCCUCUCCAGAGCUCUGUCCUUAUCCUCACUACCUGACAUUGAUGCUGACCCCUCUCCCUCAAAGGGCGUAGACUUCUACAUCGACCCUGAGGCCACGCCCACCGUCAGGCCGCUGAGGUCACAGUCUUUUCACACCUCAUCAGCUUCCUCCCAUCAGCCCCCCAUCUAUCCCUUCCAAUACCCCCACCCAGACUCCGCCCUUUCCUCCUCCCACCUCCCUCCUCCUCCUCAGUAUCACCUCCAGUCUACCCCCUAUUCGCCCUACACUGCCCCCUUCCCCGCUCGGAGCCCCGCCCCCGGCCUCCAUGGAGUCAACAUCCUCAUCUGGCCCCCCCCUGACCAGCCUUUCUUCACUCUGACCAACAUGCUCUCUCUGGCCAUGAGCAUGGCCCAGACUUUCAUGCCCCCACCUGGGGCCCCGAACCAGGGCUUUCUCCCCCAAAACCAGCCCCUGUCUCCCCCGUUCGCCUCCCCCCAAACCCUCCACUCUCCCCCCAUGUCUCCAUCCCUGGGCCCUAAGCUCCACCCUCCACCUGCCUCCUUCUCUGCUCCGCUCAGCUCCCAACCUCCCCACAGCCACCAACUCACUCAGACAGGCUCCGCCCAGGACAGCCAGCAGGGGGCGUCGCCAGGCCGGACUGACACGCCUCAGGUAGGAGGGGGCAGCCAGUCAUUGCCACGUCACAGUCACACGGUUCAGCUGAAGGUCGGCUCAGCUCCGCCCCCUCAUGGUUCAGAGAUGGUCGCCGCUCCCAGUCCGACCGGUGCUCCCGGUCCGACCAGUGCUCCCAGUCCGACCGGUCCGACCGGUGCUCCCGGUCCGACCGGUGCUCCCGGUCCGACCGGUGCUCCCGGUCCGACCGGUGCUCCCAGUCCGACCGGUGCUCCGAGUCCGACCGGUGCUCCCGGUCCGACCAGUGCUCCCAGUGCUGCUCCAUCCAGUCCUCACAGAGUGUCUCCCCCCGUCCUCCCAUCACCCAGACUGUCCCCCAUUCAGGAGGUGAAGAAACCUUCAGUCGUCACUGUCGGUCGUUUCCAGGUGAUGCCCUCUAAAGUCGUUCCCGCUGUCCAUCAUCAGGAGCCCCGCCCACUAGACCAGGCCACACCCACCGCCCACUCUCCGCCUCCCUCCAGGCCGAACCAAUCAGAUAGCUCAGAGAGCAGCACGGAGGAACAGAACGAAUCAGACAGUAGCAUCGCCAUGGUGACAGUCUCCCCGGCUGGAGGACAGGAGGACCAGUGGAGGAGGGGUGAGGAUGAAGAGGAGGAGGAGAGGAAGAGGAGGGGGGGUCAGAGGCUGAGUGUCAGUCAGUGGGACGGGUCAGCCAGCAGCGGCAGCCUCAGCCAAUCACGGAGCCGCUCUGCACCCGUCUUCAGCUCUGACGAAUCAGAGAGCGAGAAGGAGGAGAUGUGGGAGGAGCUACAGGAGCUGCGUGAAAGACACCUGACCGAGGUGCAGAACCUACAGGCCAAUCAGAAGCGAGAGAUCGAGGGACUGUACCUGAGGAUGGGUAAAGCCCCGCCCCCUGGUAUCGUCUCUCCAGCCGCCAUGUUGAACCAUCGCCAACGCCGCCUCUCCAAGAGCGGGAACCACCCGCCUGCUCACAAAAACAGCCUGCAGAGACUGGACGUGCUGCCCCCUGCAGGCAUCAUGAGGAAGAGCUCGCUCAGCGGCAGCAGCAGCGGCUCUCAGGAGAGAGUAGGGAAAGGAGUGACCUUUGCCCCUGAACACACCUGUAUGUGACAGAGAGCAGCUGCUGACUGAUGAGGAGGACGAAGAAAGAGGAAGAGGAGCAACACGUCGCUUUAUUAUCAAAGCUGCAGAGAGACAGACACCUGAUCUGGGUUUUAUAACCUGUCCCAGCUCCUGGAUCUGAUCUGAGACCUGGAUCUGAUCUGAUCUGAGACCUGGAUCUAGUCUGAGCCUGGAUCUGGUCUGAGCUGAGACUUGGAUCUGAUCUGAGACCUGGAUCUGGUCUGAGCUGCUGGUCCUCCUCUGACCUGGAUCAGUUGUUUCUGCAUGAACACGUCAUCAGACUCUCGCAGCUGAUUUUACACAUUUUAUAUGUUUGUGAUUGUUUGUGUUUGACUGUCAAUCAAAUCAGCUGCAGAGUUUGUGCUCGAUGUGAAUCUAUAACUUUGACGUGCUGCUCAUGAAGUCCACCUCCUGCUGUAUUCUGAGUCUGUAUCCACCGACCCAGAACCACAGCGCUCCGUAUUAAAGGGUGAUGUCAUAAAGACUUGUUGUGACGAUCGAAGAGAGACGACUGAACGAACAGAAACUCCAACAGAGCGAGCACCGCCUCGUCCUCUGGAGGAUGAAAUCAGGUGACGUCUGGCCGAGAUGUGAAGAGAUGAACAUGUGGGUUUGGACGUGUCGCACUCAGAGAUUCUGAGGACUCUGCUCUCCUCACAUAAACUUUGUUUUCAUUCUCUUGGUUUUAACACAUGUACCAUAUUAUUUUCAUUACUGGAGUGCAAUGCAUCUUGGGAUAUGUUGGACCGGGAAGGAUUCACCCCCACUGGGAACUCGUCUUUGACAUGAAACCAGAAUUUACAGGAUUCAUUUAAUCUCAGUUUGUAAAGUUUGAAUUAUUCCAAUAUUAAACCUCAUAUUUUAAAGUUUUUUGUCCAAUAAAAGUUUGA